CUCCCACACUCUUAAGCUCGAGCUCGGGGGCUGUCUCGUCGCAAGUUUCCGCCGGUGCUUGAGCGCUCUCUCUCUCUCUCUCUCUCCACCGCCGCAUUUCCCUCUUCCUCCUCCCCCCGAUCUCGCACAUCAUGUCGAAGAGAAAGGUCAGGGAGCCCAAGGAGGAGAACGUCACGCUCGGGCCGGCGGUGCGCGAGGGGGAGUUCGUCUUCGGGGUCGCCCACAUCUUCGCCUCGUUCAACGACACCUUCAUCCAUGUGACCGACCUCUCCGGGAGGGAAACCCUUGUUCGCAUCACUGGUGGCAUGAAGGUGAAAGCUGACAGGGAUGAAUCAUCGCCUUAUGCAGCCAUGCUUGCAGCCCAAGAUGUGGCUCAGCGAUGCAAGGAACUUGGUGUUACUGCUCUUCACAUUAAGCUUCGCGCUACUGGAGGAAACAAGACCAAAACCCCAGGCCCAGGUGCUCAGUCAGCACUUCGAGCCCUUGCUCGUUCUGGCAUGAAAAUCGGUCGCAUAGAGGAUGUGACACCGAUACCAACCGACAGCACUCGCAGAAAGGGUGGUAGAAGGGGAAGAAGGCUGUGAUUGCUCCUGGCCAUCAGGCAUGCAAUUAUGCUGCUGCUUUUUCUGCGAUGUUCUGCAUUAGAUGCAAGUUUUCGCUUUUGUUGCUGCUAUUGUGACUAGUCUUAGGGGUUAUAUGUGAAUGUUAAAAUUAUCUGUUGAGCCGGUUUAAGACAAGUUUUGGAUCUAGUUUCUCACCAUUGAUCUCUUCCAUAGUUCUUGGAUGUUCCCUGUGUGGAUUCGGCGCUUUCUUGGUGAUUCGUUUUGUUACA